AUGUCUUCUCCGCCAAGUAUGCUGUCCAGUAGCGUGUCCGGGAGGCACGAGGAGCUGUUCCGGGCUUUGAGAUCCUUCCGGGCCCUGGAGGCGUUGGCCCGGCGGGGCUGGCCCCGGUUCAUUUUGUCCCUCUUGCUGGGCAUGGCAGCCAUCAGGCGGGCGAGCAGCUUGCUGAGCCUCGCCGCUCUCAACAACUUCACCCGAGACAAGUACGACUGGAGGCGGGAGCUGGUGGUCGUCACCGGCGGUUCCGGCGGCCUCGGCGAUGGACUUGUCCGGAAGCUGGCAAAGAACUGCGUCAAGGUGAUCAGUCUCGACAUCGUUCCGCCGAGGGACCCGCUGCCGUCGAACGCGUACUUUUACAAAACAGACAUCACAAGCUCCACGUCCGUCAAGGAAGCCGCAGACCAAAUCCGCCGGGACCAUGGCGAGCCAACGGUGCUCGUCAACAACGCGGCAGUCAUGCCGAUAGCGUCCAUCCUCGACGAGACCGAGGAGCAGAUCCGUCGCGUGUUUGACGUCAACAUCGUGGCCAGCUUCCUGCUGAUCAAGGAGUUCAUCCCCUCCAUGAUCAGGAACAACCACGGCCAUGUCGUCAACAUUGCGAGCAUGGCAAGCUUCGUCACCGGCGCGAACAACGUGGACUACGCGUGUUCCAAGGCCGGCACCCUGGCCCUGCACGAGGGCUUGACGCAGGAGUUGCGCCAUCGCUACAGGGCGCCCAAAGUCCGCACGAGCAUUGUCCACCCAACCUACAUCAGAACAGCCCUGAUCGAGAAGGUUCACGCCGCGGGGCCCUUCAAGUCGCAACUACUGGAGCCCGAACCUGUCGUGGAUGCCAUUUUCAAACAGAUCAUGUCUGGGCGCAGCGGCCAUGUGUAUCUGCCGGAGAAGCACCGUAGGGUUGUCGGGUUGCGAGGCUGGCCCUUUUGGGCUCAGGAGGCGCUGAGAAACGCGCAGAAGGAUGUUCUUUUGUAUUAG